AUGUUAUCCGAGAAGCCAAAAGAGCCCAUCAGCAAGCGCCAACAACUGCACCACAUUUUCCAUAUACGAAGGUGUUUUUCAGGUAAAAAGAACAACGCCGCCAAUUCCAUCACCAUCUUCGCAUCGAUAAACAAGUGCUUUGAUAAAUGUACCCAUCAGCUCACCAAGGUUUUAUCGGUGCUUGCCCGUAAAGUAACCCCAUCGUGUCGCAUUAAGGGAUUCGAGGUUAUCGAAAAGAAAGACAAACCCCAGUUCGAUUACGUCGAUGUUAAAGCCCGGAACUUGCUUCCACCGUUGGGACCGGAUAAAAAAGGGACCAUCGUGCUUGACUUGGAUGAGACGUUGGUGCAUUCGAGACUCGGCCCUCCUCCGCCGAGGUACGAUUUCGCGGUUUCGAGGGUGAUGGACGGAGUGACAAUUUAUUUCUACGUGUUUAAACGGCCUGGGGUCGACGAGUUCUUGGAGAUCAUCAGCAAGAAAUAUGAGGUCGUCGUUUUCACGGCGGGGCACAAAGCGUACGCGUCCAAGGUGAUCGACACGCUCGACCCUAAAGGAUUGAUAUCGCAUAGGUUUUAUAGGGAUUCAUGCAAGCAAGUGCGGGGAAAAUUCAUUAAGGACUUGUCGGAGAUAGGGAGGGACUUGAGGAAGACUGUCAUCGUCGACGAUAACCCAAAGUCGUAUUCGUUGCAACCGGAAAACGGGAUACCGAUCAAGCCGUUCUACGGCGAUGAGCUUUGGGACAGGGAAUUGAUGAAGUUGGCCGGUUUUUUCGAGAGAUGCGAUGUUUUUCAAGACAUGAGAGACGCUGUGAACCAUUAUCUUCGAGGUGCUAAAGAUUAA